AUGAUCUCUGAGUUUGAUCCAGUGAUGCAUGAACAUGUUAGACGUGUUUUGAAGAAAGAAACUCAUUACCAUUACUUGAGUCACAAGAUCCAAAACGAAAUGAUUCAGCUCCUAGCAAAUGAGGUGAAAGCUUCUAUUGUUGCAACUAUUAAAGAAGCAAAGUAUUUUUCUGUUAUACUUGAUUGCACUCCAGAUGCUAUUCAUGAGGAGCAAAUGUCUCUUAUUGGCCGAUGUGUAGAUGUUACAGCAAGUCCUAUUGUGGUGAGAGAAUUCUUUUUGGGAUUUUUGAAGGUGAAUGAUACAACAGGACUUGGACUAUUUAAUGAGCUUACAAAUGCACUUGACAGUCAUACACUUAAUAUUGGUGAUAUACGAGGACAAGGAUAUGACAACGGAUCUAACAUGAGAGGAAAGCACAAGGGUGUUCAGAGUAGACUUCUAGAGGUAAAUUCUAGAGCAUUUUUUACACCUUGUGGUUGUCAUAGCUUGAACCUUGCAAUAUGUGAUAUGGUUAACUGUAAUCCUAAAGCUGAUUAUUUUUUCGGAGUGGUACAACAGAUAUAUUCAUUCUUCUCAUCUUCGACAAAGCGAUGGCAUGUUUUUAGGGAUUAUGUGGAUGGGCUCAGUCUUAAACCAUUGUCUGAAACACGAUGGGAGAGUCGUGUUGAUAGUGUGAAAGCAUUUAGAUAUCAAGCUCCUAAAAUAAGAGAUGCUUUAAAGUGCUUGGAAAAAGAUGGUGAUGAUUCUAAAACAAGGUCUACUGCUCAAUGCAUGGCAACAUAUGAAAUGGAUUUUGAAUUCUUGUUGGGGAUGGUUAUUUGGUAUGAUUUGUUGCAUGCUAUCAAUAUUGUGAGUAAAUUUCUCCAAACUGAAGACAUGCAUAUUGAUGUUGCUAUUGAAGAAUUGGAGAAACUUAUGUCAUUUAUCCAAAAGUACAGAGAAACUGGAUUUGAUGAGGCCUUAGUUAUAGCUAAAGAAAUUGCAAGUGAGAUGGAAAUUGAAGUUGCAUUUCGUGAAAAAAGAAAUACUCGAAAAAAAAGGCAUUUUGAUGAAAGUGAUAGUGAAGAUGAGGUGACACCAUCAGCGUUAGAAUCAUUCAAGGUCAGUUACUUUCUUUGUACAAUUGAUCAAGCAUUUUCUUCACUUCAAAGUAGGUUUGAGCAAUUUAAGAAAUAUGAAGAAGAUUUUGGAUUUUUAUUCAAGUUGGAGAAAUUGAAAUAUGUAGAUAAUAAUAGUUUGAGGGACUAUUGUAUGAAUCUUGAAAAAUUGUUAACAGAUGGUGAUGUCUCUGAUGUUAAUGGAAGUGACUUAUUCGAUGAAUUGAACUACUUAAGAAGAGCUAUACCAAAAGAAGCAAAGAGGGCAGUUGAUGUAUUGAACUAUUUGAAGCAAAGGGAUGAGUGUUACCCAAAUGCUUGGGUUGCUUACAGAAUUCUACUAACCAUACAUGUUAUUGUUGCCUCUGCUGAGAGAAGUUUUUCAAAAUUAAAGUUGAUCAAAUCCUAUCUUCGGUCAACUAUGUCACAUGAAAGAUUGAACGGUCUAGCUUUGUUGUCAAUUGAAAAAGAUUUGGCUCACAAGCUUGAUUAUUCAAGCUUAAUUGAAACUUUUGCAGCAAAAAAUGCAAGAAGAGUCAUUUUUCAAUAA